AUGGAGUCCAACAUAUCGAAUUUAUUCUACAUCAGCCUACUGGCGAGCUUAAUGCCACAACACACACAAAGCGGCAACAGCGACGUUGGUGAACCGCCUGGUGGACGUGAACACAUCAGCUCCAGUUUGGCUAUGGCACGCGCACGCGCAUUAGCAAAUAUUCAAGAACAGCUGCUGCCUAAUUUGAAUCUCUUUCAAUUGGAGCCCAGUGAGUUCUUUAGUCGCGUAAAUGGCGCUAUCUUCAAUAUGACCUUCAACGAGACCUACGAAGAUGAGUUGGUAUGUCACAAUGGACAAAAUGCCAUUGCCAAUCUUAUUACAAUGAUACUUUAUGCUUUCGUUUGCAUCAUUGGACUUUUCGGUAAUACGCUCGUUAUCUAUGUAGUUUUGCGUUUUUCGAAAAUGCAAACAGUCACCAACAUUUACAUACUCAAUCUGGCUAUAGCUGAUGAGUGCUUCCUCAUUGGCAUACCAAUUUUAUUGUAUACCAUGCAAGUUGGCAGCUGGCAGUUCGGCGAUUACGUUUGCAAAGCUUACAUGGUGAGCACAUCGAUUACGCAAUUCACAUCGUCGAUCUUCUUGUUGAUCAUGUCAGCGGAUCGCUAUAUAGCCGUCUGUCAUCCAAUUUCAUCGCCACGCUAUCGCACACCAUUCGUAUCGGAGCUGGUCUCGGGUUUUGCUUGGCUGACGUCGGUGCUACUUAUGUUGCCCGUGAUACUAUUCGCCAACACAGUGCAAUUGAAUGAGGAUCACGUGUCGUGCAACAUCAAGUGGCCCGAAGCACAAAAUACACAAUCGGGUACCACAUUUAUACUGUACACACUGACAUUGGGCUUUGCCACACCGCUUACCUUCAUUCUAAUCUUCUAUUUUCUGGUCAUACGCAAAUUGCAUACAGUGGGUCCAAAGCAAAAGUCCAAAGAGAAGAAGCGCUCUCACCGCAAGGUGACCAAACUGGUGCUAACAGUGAUUACAGUAUACAUACUGUGUUGGCUACCCUAUUGGAUAUCACAGGUGGCGCUCAUCAAUUCGUCGCCAAGCAAAUGCGCAUCGAGACUUGAGAUCACUAUCUUCCUGCUGGCCGGCUGUCUAGGCUACUCGAAUUCCGCAAUGAAUCCCAUACUCUACGCCUUUUUGAGUGACAAUUUCAAGAAGAGCUUCCUGAAGGCAUGCACAUGCGCCGCCCGCAAGGACGUCAAUGCGCAACUACAACUGGAAAAUAGUUUCUUCCCCAAAUUUGGCAAAAAUCGUCAAUCGGAUCGGUUGUUCUCGCCAAAGAAGGCAAAACAAAAGCAGAAGGCGCUUGCGACGCGCAAUCAUAAUGCAACCAAUGCGAAGAAUAAUGCUGCAGCGGCGACGACAACAACUACCGGUACUACAACGACAACUGGCACUAGCGUGUCUGCGAACCAGUUUAUUGCUAGCACGGAUCCACAGUCAAGCUUUUUGUCGGCGGUGCAUGCUCCCGUCAUCACACACAACUCGGUUGGCAGCGUUGUGACGGGCACAAAUGCCACAGUGCUUUUGUUGCCUGACAUAUCAUCCGCAGGAGUUAAGUUGGGACAGAUGACAGCUGAUGAGCGGUCUGCGCAACCAGAUGUUGUUGAGAUUAAUAGUAAAAUGCCAGUAUUGCACACAGAUUUAUAAGACUUGGCUAUGGGUGGUCGCACGCCAGUAGAGACGAUCGUCUAUGUGG